AUGAUAGGAUAUAUAAGUCUAGCAGGGUUAAUUAUCUUCACCCCUAUAUACAUAACCAAUAACUUGAUAUAUCUGUAUUUGAUACGUGCAACGUUUGGUAGAGAAGCCCACGACAAGUUCAACUUAGCCCAGAAACAGAUACUAGACGAAAUAGCAGAUGACGUUGCUAGGAAACACGAAACGUCACAAGCUGAUUAA